AUGGUGGUUGUCUCCGAUUCUGAGCUUAUCCGUCAAGUCUUGAAUGCACGUCCGAGGACCUACAUCAAGCCUUCCAAUAAGCACAAGAUAAUGCCUAUGGAGGGAAUGUUCAAUACGGAAGGCGAAGUUUGGAAACGGAACAGACGAUUGGGUGCACCAGCCUUCAACGACAGCAACUCUAUGGCUAUGAUUCCCGACAUGUCCAAAAUUGCUCUGAGGCUGAUACGCCAGUUGGAGCGCCUCAGUCAGGAUGGUCGCAUCGUUUGGCGGCCCGUAGAAUGGCUUCCCCUCUGCACUCUGGAUGUCUUAUGUGUCACGACUCUCGGGAAGGACUAUAAUUUCUUGAACCCAAAUGGAGUACCUCUAGGCCACCAGUCUGGCGAACUUCAGCUGGCGAUGAAUGAUUUGCUAGUCGGCUCUGGUUAUGCUUUACAACGUAGUGCCAUGCCGUGGAUUACACGAGACAGAUUCCCUUGGAACCUUAAUCCGAUGAUAAAAAAGAUGCAUUCAGGGGCGAAAACGCUGAAUAGAAUAUGUGACGAGAUCAUCAACAAAAGACGGGCGGAGCGGAAGUCGGGAAAAGGAGUUGAAAGGCAUGACUUGCUGGACAAGUUACUCCAUCUUGAUGAAGUGGACUUGCGAGGAAAUCUCAUAACGUUCCUCGUUGCUGGUAGUGACACUACGGCCAUGACCGUCGCCUGGUGUCUCUACUACCUCGCGCUAUAUCCUGAAAUACAGAACAGGGCCCGUGUUGAAGUGGACGCUCUCGGCCACGAUCCCAAUGCGACAGAGGACCUCGACAGGUUGGUCUUCGUUAAGUGUUGCAUACUCGAGGCCCUCAGGCUGCAACCACCGGCUGUGUUCCUUCUGCAUGAGUGUACUCACGACACAGAACUCGAUGGUCGCCGAAUCCCCACCGGGACGAAUGUGCUGACCCUCUUCCGUAAGGCGAUGGUGGCAGAUGCCCCCAAACGUUGGCUCCUUCCUGACGGCUCGUUGAUAGACCAAGCACGUGAACGUGAUCAUCUGGCAUUCGGUGCAGGCCCUCGUCAAUGUCCUGGAAAGAACAUGGCCAUCAAGGAGGCCGUGGUGAUUCUAACUUUGAUCCUAAAAUAUUUCAAUUCUAUUUCAUUGAACUGCUCUUCCUCGAUUGUCCGUGGCGAGGCUACCUUCACGUACGGACCACUGAAUCUCGAGCUCCAAAUGCGGCGGCGAGUUGGUUAA